UUCUUUGCGCUCUUUUUUUAAGUGAUGUUCGCUUAAUUGGCCAAAGUGAUUGAUGGACCAAUCAAGAGUUUUAGUGAGCCAACAGUUCGCGAGGAUCUCACAAUGAGAUUAUUUAUGCUAAUCAAGUAGAUGUCACUUCCGCCCCUUUUAUUUGCGCCAUUUUGGAUAGGGCAGUUUCUAGGCUGGAUGUGUAUUGUCUGUCAGAGAAAAGAAUGUGCAUAACGCUGUCGGCAGCCAGGCUAUCACAGGCAGACCCAAGGCUAUCUUUUUGAAAGAGGGGGUCCGCCAGUAGCCGUUCCCAACAAUAGGACAUGUGUACGCCCUCACCACUCAAGGGAAUGGAGGUUUUCAUUUUCUAAUGAGGUUCGGAGGCUUUCUGUUCCCGUUUGCCGACCAGAGGGAAGAGGAUAGCCCUUUUCGGCGAGGGAGAGUGCGGCUUGGAGGGUCGACCGACGGCCGGGUGGGCUUGUUCUCCCCCACGGAGAUAGUUGUCACCUGAAAGGAUAUCACCGAGCUCUCUGGGAAGACGGUGUCCACACGUCGUCUCUCAGCCGCUCCGUGGUGACACAUUUCACUCAGACGGGAGCACUGGAUGUGAAAGCAGGUGGGCAGAAUGUUCCAGCUCCCCGUCAAUAACCUGGGCAGUCUGCGGAAAGCAAGAAAAAAUGUCAAGAGGGUCCUGGGAGACAUCGGCUUGGAGUUCUGUAGAGACCACCUCGAGGACUACAAUGACUUCAUUCCUCCAGAGGUGUACAUAAAGCACACUAACUGGGAAGAUGUGUGCAUGUGGGAACCAUCACAUACCAAAGUCCAGGACUACAGAUCGAAGCCCUUCUGCUGCACUGGCUGCCUCUUUUCCUCCAAGUACUUCUCUGCCUACAAGAGCCAUUUCCGCAACGUCCACAGCGAGGACUUUGAGAACAACAUUCUGCUUAACUGCCCCUACUGCACUUACAAUGGCAACAAAAAGACUCUGGAAACGCACAUCAAACUGUUCCACAUGCCCAACAGCACCGUGCGGCAGGGCCCCGGCGGGAUGGUGGCGGGAGCCGGCGGUCUCAUGAUUAAGGAUGGGGUGCUGAAAAGGACCGGGGACAGUGUGGAACAGGCGGUGUACUACUGCAAGAAGUGCACCUACAGGGACCCUUUGUACAAUGUGGUGCGAAAGCACAUCUACCGGGAACACUUCCAGCAAGUGGCCCAGUCCUAUAUUGUGAAACCGGGGGAGAAGACUCAGAAUGGUGGCUCAGCAGGAGCCACAGAGAGCAAUAACACAAACAAUGUGAACAGUAACCAGAUUCACUGCAAGAAGUGUCUGUUUGUCCCGAGGACCUACGAGGCACUGGUCCAACACGUCAUAGAGGACCAUGAGAGGAUUGGCUACCAGGUGACCGCCAUGAUUGGGCACACCAGCGUCAUCGUCCCCCGUCCCAAACCCAUCAUCAUGAUCCCCCCCAAAACCCAGGGGGACAAGACCAUCAUCGGGAUGGGCCCCAAAGGCGCAGUAAUGGCCACGACCAGGCCUGCCGGCUCACAGCAGAUGGGUCGGGUUAUCGUCUCCUCAAAGACGGGCUUCAACGCCCAAAGUUUUCUAUCUGGGAUGAAACACGACGGAAUACGGUUGAAGGCUGGCACCACCCAGUCUUUCUCUAUUGGCGGCCAGCAGGUGAGGGUUACUUUACCGGGCAACGCCCAAGUUUCUGUGCCCCACGCAGCAAAGCAGCUUAUUUCGGCUGGCAACCUGCGGAGUCCAGUUGUGGUCAACGCCUCCUCUUCACUUAAAUCCAACCCUCUGGGCUCACGCGUCCAAGCGGCUGCGACCACCGUCGCCUCCGUCACGGCUAAGAAGGGUGGCUCCUCGGUCCUCGGCACAUCCUACACCCAGAAGUGGAAGAUCUGCACUAUCUGCAAUGAGCUCUUCCCAGAAAACGUGUACAGCUCCCACUUUGAGAAGGAGCACAAAGCGGAGAAGGUGCCCGCGGUCGCCAACUACAUCAUGAAGAUCCACAACUUCACCAGCAAGUGUCUGUACUGCAACCGCUAUCUCCCCAGCGACACGCUGCUAAACCACAUGCUGAUUCACGGCCUGUCUUGCCCACACUGCCGUGCCACCUUCAACGACGUUGAGAAGAUGGUGGCCCACAUGCGGUUGUCGCACCCGGACGAGAGUGUUGGGCCGCGCACGGAUUCCCCCUUGACCUUUGACCUCACCCUGCAGCAGGGCAAUCCCAAAAAUGUUCAGUUGAUCGUCACGACGUACAACAUGAGAGACGCGCCGGAGGAGUCAGUGGCGUUCCACGCUCAGAACAACAACAUCUCCGCGUCAGCAGCCUUGACUGCCUCCCUAAUAUCAGGCAAGAGGCUACUGCCGCAGCAGCCGCCCAAAACACCCUCAGGGGCAGCUGACAGUGCACCAGCCAAGAGUGCACCACAGGCAUCUGUACCCUACAAGAGGGACGUGGGCAAGACGCUGUGUCCUCUUUGCUUCUCUAUCCUCAAGGGCCCAAUCUCAGACUCACUGGCCCACCACCUAAGAGAGAGGCACCAGGUGAUCCAGACAGUCCACCCUGUAGAAAAGAAACUGACCUACAAGUGUAUUCACUGCUUGGGGGUUUACACAAGUAACAUGACGGCCUCCACCAUCACCCUACACUUGGUGCACUGUCGAGGUGUAGGGAAAACCCAAAACGGGCAGGACAGUCGGGUGGCCCACUCUUCCCGGGUCAACCAGCCCCAGAGCAGCGCCCUGAAACGGGCUAGCUUUGAUAGCUCUGACACUAGUGCACCGAAACGAAGGAGGCCGCCCGGGGAAAGAGCCCAUCCGCGGGACAUCAACGGUCCAUCGGCGUUUGUAGAAAAUCCCGACGAGCCCGUAGUUUUGGCUCUUGACCCCAAAGGACAUGAGAACGAGUCAUACGAGUCCAGGAAGGCGUUUCUAACGCAGUAUUUCAAUCAGGCGCCGUAUCCCACUCGGCGAGAGGUGGAGAAGCUCGCCGCCAGUCUCUGGCUGUGGAAAUCGGACAUCUCCAGCCACUUUGGCAACAAAAGGAGGAAAUGCGUGCAGGAAUGCGAAACCCAGAACGCCAGCGUGUUGCUCGGUUUCAGUAUGCACAAGCUCAGUAAAGUGAGUCACGAGCUGGCGUUUGUCCCGGAUGGUGCAUACGAGGGCAUGCACAACAAGAGACGAACUUCCAGGACGCACCUAGGGGUGUCGGAGCAGGCCCUCCGGAAACACAGGGAGCUCGUGGCUGCCAAUGGUGGAGUGGCGCCGCCACAGAGGGGAAAGCCAAGAGGGACUUUGGUUGCUACCAAAGCACCGCCAUCCGCCCCAAAACCCAACAGUGCCAUCAGAGACCAAACCAAGACAAUCAACAGCACCUUAACACAGAAAAUACCUCUAGACCUUUCGGAGCCCAUCGCCAUUGACUCUGACAGUGAUGGGGAAGAGCAGCAGAAGGAUAACAAGGAGGGAGAGGUACAUCUCCAUGGCAACCAACUGCUCACUGAAGCUACGGAGAGAAUGGAGCCGGGGACAGAGGCUAAGAGCAUUUCAAAUCUAGAAGAUACGUCGGACGAAGAUGACGAAGAUGACGACGACGACGAUGAAGAUGAUGAUGAUGAUGACGACGAGGACGACGACAACAUCAACGAAGAGGCACAUGUAGAGAAUGGCUUCGGCCCCGCAGAGGCUGCAGGAAGGCAGGCUGCUAAAGAAAGAGACGCUCAUCCCAUCAUUAUUCCUAAGUUUGUACCGUCGUCUGCAAGAAGCAGGAGAGACGGGGCCCAGCUGGGCAAGCAGCAGGUCUGACUGAUAAAGACUCGCAGUCAGAGCGACACUUUAGUUUUGAUCCACGCCAACAAAUCUGCCUCGCCUGAGCCGAAGGACACGGCCCAGCACCUCCCUGGGUUUCUGCGACGAGGAGAGAUCUCAAAACAAGCCAUCCAGUGACUUUUAAAGGCAGGACUCAACGAGCAGCUAGGAUCCAUGUAAAGAUUUGUGAACACAUUUUUAAUGUUUCCUUCCCCCGUGUGGGAGGGGGAGGUGCAAAGACAACAGACAAGUCACACCAAACAAAUAGAAUUCUUUUUUUUUUCUUUUUCUUUUUGUGCUGCCUUCGCUAUACUUUAUUACAUUGAGAUAAGGAGUUAUUAAUGUUGAUUUAGCCACUGAACUUGUGAAUGUGGCUUAAAAUAUUGAGUUGUCGUGAGGUAAAGCUUUUAAGCUGACCAGAUAAUCCACCAUUUUUUUUCAUGUAGUUCUAUCCAAGAUGGGUAGUGUAAAUUUGUACAGUCUUUUAGACAUGUUUGGACAGACGUUGCCGUACAUGUACCCUUAAAUAUUUGCUAUUACCUGUAUGUAAGGUAGCCUCAUAUGUUCUACAUCGGUAUGCUUAACGAUAGUUGUCGCUUUGGUGGCUGGUAUUUUCUUGUACGUUUAAGUUUAUUUUUUAACAAAAACCUAGUUUUUUUUGCAAAAUAAUAUAUCUAUAUAUAAAUGAAAUAACAGAAUUGAUUUGUUUUUGCUUUAAACCUGAUUAGAUUUUAUUUUUUUGUAUUUCCUUUUUUAAUUUAAUUUUUGUAUGAUUUCUUUUCUGAAAGAUUAGUGGCGCUGAGCUGCUGUUCUUCUCUUACAGUUUUAAAGGAUAAUUUUACCAACCCUUUGCAGCCUUAUGCUCAUUAGCAUUUACUCUACUUGCUUUCUGUUUUCAGUUUGAACUUGAUGGCGUUUCUUUGCCCCCACGAGACUGGACGGUAACAACCAUACCAUAACAACACAAAAGUGAAAGAAAAAUGAUCUUCAAUUUGUGUUCUUUGAAUUGUGUGUAUUUGUUUUAUGUUUUCAUUAUCCACUUAAGCAUUUAUGAACAAUAAAGUGCUGUAAUUGUGCUUCUCACAGAA